AAGGGCCGGGCUAAUACAUCUUAUUAUUUGCUAACAUAUUUUGUUAUGCUGCUACUCCGAGAUACGUCUGCUUCAUCGAUUUAAAAUAACAGCAACAUGUCUUACCAUUUCCGUCCAGAUAAUGCCGCAAAUGGCCGCUAGCGCCAUUUUAUCCAUGACAAUAGGCACCUCUUAGCCAAUGCUAGCGCGCCAUGCUAACACAUAGCUCUUAUGUUGGUGCUGAAAUGGAUGACCUUGGUUUAUUGGUGAAUUUGUCAUUAAGAGCCACCUCAGAGUGGAUCCAGUUUUUCAAGGAUGCUGGGAUCCCAGCCGGCCUCGCUGUCACUUACGCAGUCUCCUUUGUGGAUAACAGAAUUCAAAAGAACAUGCUAAUGGACCUGAGUAAGGACAUAAUGAUGGACCUCGGCAUCACCGUUGUUGGUGACAUCAUUGCCAUUCUCAAACAUGCCAAGCUCGUCCACAGGCAGGACAUGUGCAAAAUGGCCACGGAAGCCAUCACCUCAGGACAGACCAGCGUGAAAGCAGAGCUCAGAAGAACUGCCAACACUCCUGCGACUCGUAUGAUAGCCAACGCCUUGAGCCACGACUCCCCACCAGUCACUCCACCCCGUCGACCCGACAACCGCCUCUCAGUCACGGUGUCCAACGUGCCAGCAAACAAGAAUAGCAAAGCAGCUGUAAGUCAGCCAGCAGACGAAGAGAACGGGUUGUCAGACGCGAAACACCGGCGUGUGACAGCGGAGAUGGAAGGCAAGUACAUCAUCAACAUGCCCAAAGGCACCACGGCACGCACACGCCGCAUCCUGGCCCAGCAGGCCAAGAAAGGUUUGAAGCGCACCUCUGUGUUUGCAAGACUUGGAGCUGAGGCAAAGGCGGACGCAGCAGCCAACACUAAGAAGCCCACGGGCGUGUUCAGCCGUCUGGACCGAGCAGACGAAGUGGAGGAGGCGCCCAGGUCAGGAAAGAAGGUGGUGAGUCUACAGGAGGACGAUAGUGAUGGGGAAGGCUCUGUCCUCCAGUACGCCGGUGUCCUCAAGAAAACGCUCCCCUCCGCGAGGAGCGAGCCCGCCAAAAAGCCAGCUCUGACCACCCUGCGGCGCCUGGGAGGAAAAUUCAAACAACCCUCGCCUGAAAUGCCCACUUCCUCCUCGUGCCCCAAUGGCUUCCCCCCUGCCAAAAUGAGUGUGCUUCAGAGACUGGGAAAGCUCCCCGCCACCACACACCAGCCUGCCGUUACCGUGUCCCCUCCACCGGCUGACACGCAGGACAACAGAGUGACGAGCACUCGGCCCAGAGCCAAGCAGAAAGGCAACAGAGUGAGCUGUAAAGUCAGCAGCAGCACCAAUGCUGGAGGAGGCGGAGCGGGGGACUGUGCGGGGGCCCAGAUGGACUGCCAGGCUGUCAGUGUUUUUAAGAGACUGGGUAGCAAAAAAAAAUAACUCACAUCCCAAACUUUUUUUUUCUUCCUUUUACAGGGACUGCAAAUUGAUAAUAGUUGAUAAGAGUUUGAUGUUUUAUUUUGUGUACGGACAAUGAUACAAGCUUUUAUUUUUACCUUUGGUGCCACCUUAAACCUCAUUUUUACCGUUUGAAGCUCAUCCCCCUGUAUUUUAUUGCUUGGACAGAGAUAUCACACUCAUAUCUGCCACUGACCCUUUUAAGCAGCUAAAUAUCUGAAGUACUAGUAGAAAUGAGCCUAAGGCAUGAGCAUGACAUGAACCGCUUGGUUUAAUAGCUUUUAGCAAUUUCCCUUGAUGGAUGCUUCUGUUGCCCAAACACGAACACACCGAUACAGUAUUUACAGUUCCCCUGAACAAUAUCUUUGUUUUGAUACUUAAUAUUUUUUGUAAUGCAAAAUCUAAACAAGUUAGUUUUCCGUCUCAUUUUAUCCAGUCUAAUUAAAACCUCUAGGUAGGCUAAUAUAGAACAAGCCAUAGGAUGCCAUUUAAACCCUUUGUCACCUUCACCACCUGUAACAAUGUGUUUUCAGCAUUGAUCGAAUUGUUCUGCACCUCCUGCAAGUAUGAAUACCUCUGAACCUCCUGGUCGACUUUUCUACCACAGUACUGAAUAUUCUCUACCUGAAGGCAGCAUGUUGAACAUUUUCAAAUGCAAUGUAUAGAUUUACUAAACCUUGAUUUCACACUGACUCAAUAGGACACUCAAUAUUUUUCUAUGUGAAAAAUCUACACCUAAAAGUACUGAUAGGUGUCACGGGUCAACACAGGACCAGUUUGUCCUACCCCCCCAUCAACUGGCGUUGUAACACCUGUCUGUCUUUUAGACUUCACACUUGAAUUUUGUUAUGGUUGUACACAUUUAAAGUGUUUUAAUGUCUACAGAAACAUUGAAAGAGGACAAAAGAAAAAAGAGAGAGAGCGAGAAAAAAAAAGAGUGCCUCGUAAGAUAAUUAAAACAAAGGAUUCACAAAUGUUUGUCUAUUUUUUGUUACAUUUGAAUGCGGGUGUUGCAGUUGAGGUCGGUAUGCACUGUGCUCUGUAGCUUUUAAAUGCCGUUGAUACAGUAACCAGUAAGUUCCGUUCCUAUGACUCUGAUAUAAGUUGAGUUUUUGGGUAAGUCAGAACUUAUACCAAACUUUUACCUAAAUUAACACCUACUGUAAGCCGCUCACGCUGUACCCAGGACACACGAAUAAAAUACUACUAAUAACAAAUGAAUAAAAAUAUAAAAUUAUAUCAUAAGAUUAAAUACAAAAGGUAAACUAAAUGAUAAUAAAAAAAGAACAACUUACUUUUGUCCCUGUGCUUACACAGGAAGGGGGAAGGAGACCACUUUGUA